AUGACAGCUCUAGAGCGAAAAGGAUCUGCCUUCCAAUAUCUACGCGUUGGCAUAGUAUCCUGGCUUGGCAACCUCAUUGGUGCUUUAAUCUUCUCUGGUCUCUUCACCAACCUGACUGAGAUCCUCAGCGAAGAUCCCUUCAGGAGCGGUACCAUUUCCAUGAUCUCGGAAGACAUAAUCGAAUCGCAAUGGCACAUCAUCUUCCUCCGUUCCAUUCUUUGCGGCUGGUUAGUAACCUUUUCCAUGAUGCUGGGCACGCAAAACCAAGACGGUAUCAGCAAAGCUCUGGCUCUUCAUUGGCCNUUUUUCAUCUCAACAGCGGCGAAAUGCCCACAUACAGUGGAGUACAUGUAUCUCGGCUCGACUGCCAUGUUCCUUGGCUCUCCUAUGUCGCUUGGCAUGCUAUUUUGGAAAUGCCUGCUCCCGAUAACUUUAGGAAAUACUAUUGGUGGUAUUGUAUUCACAGGUGCAUACUCUUGGUGGGUGCACUUGUACUGUGAUGAUAAGAAGGCUGCCCAUGCUGAUGGGAAUGGUUGGGGUUCUGUCAGACUUGGAGAUGAUGACUAG